GUUGGAUCAAGUAACACAGUGUCAAGUGUGUUGUUAUAGUACACAUUGCACACUCUGAUUGUCACAACUCUAGAAUCUAGAUCUAGAUGGAGAUCUUGAUAUAGAUCUAACCUAGAUCUAGUUAACGUCUAUAUAUAUAGAAACUAGUUCUAAAUGUAGAAUCUAGUAUAAUUCCAGAGUUAGUUUAAGAAACUCAAGACAUUAGACUAGAGUCACGACGGAGUCACUCUCAGUAGUCUCAGCGACUCACUGUCCUACUCCUACUUUACUACACUAUACUACUAGUUAAAGUAGUUUAAGUUACUUUAACUAGUUAGAUCAUAUUCAUAGUAGAUCUAGUACUAAUACUCCUUCUACUUCUAGAUCUAGUGACUAUCUAGUCCUAGUUUUAGAGUCAGUAAGGAGUCAACAUCAUCAUAAUCGUAUUUAUUAUAUAAAGAAGGACCAGAUACUCCAACUCCAAUAGACUUGCUAUAGUAUAGAUGUGGUAUUAUUUAUCAUUAUAGAAUAUUAUACUAAAAUCGAAUUGGUUAGAUCAUAGAUGUAGAAUUGUAGAUCUAAAUAGAAUCUAGAUUAGGUCUAGCCUACUAUAGACAGUAUAGGCUAUAGAUCUAUAUUAAUCUAUAAAAAUCUAUGUAUAUAGAGAAUACAUCUAUAUACGAGUAUAGGUCUAGGUACUAUAGCUGUCCAUCCAUUGACGUUCAAAAUGCUGGAUGACUUGCUUGCAGGACAAGAAAAGAGCAAAUUCAUUCUUAUGCAAGAUGCUGCGGAUGGUCCUGGCAGAUAUUUAUUGUUGAACUGGGCUAGAAAUCUGUACAAGAGAGUUGGAAAAACAAUCUUGGUUUGUUAUGAGCGGCCGCCUCAAUAUUUCACAGAAUGGCUUCCAAAGGAUGCUACUGGGAGAAUAACUUUCAUUGAUGGAAACCUGAGAGUACCUGCUUCCAGUGAGGGUGGCUGUGACAUCCUAUUUGAAAAGGAAAUAACUGAGGCCAUUUCUGGGCCAACUUGUAUCUUGUUUGACUCCCUAACUUUGCCGAUCCUUUUGAGGCAAGUACCACAGACUUGUGCCGUGCUUCACAGGUUAAUCACAAAUGAAAAUGUUCUUCAGGUCCUGGCUCUGAUUCAUAAAGACAUUCAUGACCAGCACACCUGUGACCUACUUAGCUCCUUGGCCACGAGCAUAGUGGACGUGUCUCCCGUCUCGUUGCUCCAACACAAACAUAACAUCAGGCACUGUCGGGUGACUGGCAAAGUUUUCAAAACAGUAGAGUCAGUGACUUAUGAUAGCGAGUUGAAUGUGAAAACAAUUACGCCAUGGACUUCAACCACAGACGUGCCUGCAUCAUCCAUAACAGGUCCCCAGGUUGAUCCUCUUGCCAAGCUUUCGUUCAACUUGUCCUUAACGGAAACCGAGAAGGAAGCUCGUAGCCAAGUGAAAUUACCAUACAUUAAAGAUAUUGAAACUGAGAUAUCAAGUCGCAUAAUUUACCAGCCAGAUGAAGCAGAUGAUAUUGAUGAUGAAGACCCAGACGAAGAUCUAGAUAUUUAAUUUUUUCCAAGCAUUAAAGAAAUUUAUCUAAUUUU